AUGCGGUGUGCCACCCUGUGCCGGCUCCUGUGGCUUGUGCCCCUUCUGACCAACAUCCACUCGGUGCCCAUCCAGAUGGUCCAAGAUGACACCAGGAUCCUAAUCAAGACCAUUAUCACCCGGAUCAAUGACAUCUCCCACAUGCAGUCCAUCCACUCCAAGCCCAGGGUCACCGGCUUGGACUUUCUCCCCGGGCCCCACCCUGUCCUGAGCCUGUCAAAGGCGGCCGAGACCUUGGCGAUCUACCAGCAGGUCCUCACCAAUCUGCCUUCCACCAGCAUGAUCCAAAUAGCCAACGACCUGGAGAACCUCCGUGACCUGCUGUACCUGCUGGCGGCGUCCAAGAGCUGCCCUGUCCCCACGGCCAGUGGCCUGGGAAACUUGAAGAUCCCCGAUGGGGUCCUGGAGGCCUCGCUCUACUCCACCGAGGUGGUGGCCCUGAGCCGGCUGCAGGGCUUUCUGCAAGAUACGCUGCGGCAGCUGGACCUCAGCCCCCAGUGCUGA